AUCAAACUCGCAAAGCUGGCAAUGAAAACUCAGUUUACUACAGCAAAAAGUCAACCAGACAUCGUUUUGUUUUUUUGUGAUCAAAUUUAUUGGUUCUAAUUCAUGUCACUAUGAAAUGUGCCGAAUUGGACUAUUAUAAUGUUUUGAACAUUCCGCGAAAUGCCACAAAAGAGGACAUUUUGAAAAGCUACCGUAAAUUGGCUAUAAAACUUUUUCCUUAUCGAGAUUCUCAACUUAUUCGAGACAUUAGUGGCAAGGACACUGAUCAUAUUUCCACUCACAUGUCUCCCUUGCCGAUUUAUCGGCAAUGGGAAUAUAUUAACAUGGCUUGUGAUAUUCUUGGGCACGAUUUUCGACGCUCUAUUUAUGAUCGUUUCGGGGAAUCUGCUCUAUUAAAAGGCAUUCGUUUAAAGGAUGGAUAUUUUCCUCCCUAUCAAUAUCAUGGAAAUCAUAUGAAAGUGUAUCAUGAUAUUUUCGGUAAAUAUUCUCCAUAUUCUGAUAUAAUCGAUUCGAUCCUUGUAUCCUCGACGCCUCUAAUUGACAACAAAACCAAUGGCAUCGGAUACAGAGCCAAAGACCCACCAAUUAUUAAACAAAUCCCAUUAGAACUGGAAGACGUUUACUUUGGAUGUGUUAAGCUGAUGCAUGUGUGGCGGGAAGAGUUGGUGAACGCAAAAGAUUUUCGCACCGAGAAACUAAAAAAAUCCUUAACCCUUAACAUACCACCGGGAGUUACAGCAGGAACUAGGUUUUGCUUCGAUGAGGAGGGAGAUCGUGGUCCUAACAAGAUACCUGCUGACAUUAUCUUCAUCGUUGCGGACGCGCCGCACAGGCGUUUCCAAAGAAGAAACCAACACGAUCUUAUUUAUGUUCAUGAAAUAAAUUUGUGUCAGGCUCUGACUGGAUUCCAGUUCCUUGUUCGGACUGUGGAUAAACGUGACCUGAAAAUAUCCAUUUCAGAAGUGGUGAAUCCUGGGUUUGUCAAAAUUGUGAAUGGGGAAGGUUUACCAAAGUGUAAAUCCUUAGACAUUGUGGAAGCGCGUGUUCCGUGUCGUGUUGCACCUAAAGAGCACGGCGACCUCAUUAUUGAGUUUAAAAUUGUAUUUCCAGUUUAUUUAACAAAGGAGAUGAAGCAAUUAGCGCGCAGAUUCUUUACCGAACUAAGCAGCGAUGAAAGCAAGGAGACUUCGAAAAAUUGUAUUUGAUAACAUAAAUUAAUUUUCGGAUAUAUUUUCAAUAAAAAAUGAAUAUACACUUUA